AUGUCGUCCCAGCCUCCCACACCUGGUAUGAAAGCGACGCGCUUCCCUCCUCUGACUCGAGGGUUUGAGUUUGAAUUCCUUAUACCAUUUCGCUUUGACAAGGUUGACGGCUACCAAGACAUUGUCAUUCCCGAGGGUAAACACUUUACCAUGUACGCUGGUUGUAUUGUGCUACCCAGAGAAAAUUUCUACCAUGAUGUGCCGGAGAUCAUGUUUGCAGACGCACGCAACGAGUGCCAUCACAUCUUGUACGGGCUCUUGACUAUGCACGGCAUCGACUGCAACGACCCCGGAUCCGUCGAGACCUACGAUACCCUCCCCCCUGAGCCCGGUCACCCGAACGCCCAAGUGGCUGGCGCUCCGGUCUACUAUCGUUGGAAUAUCAAAUCAGACGCUAGUCUCGGGGCACUCUGGGCGGAUCAUUGGUCCGAGGACGCCGGACCAUAUCAACUCGCCGACGUGGAGAUUGUAUCGCCCCCUCUGCUCGACAAUGAUCCCGAUGCUGACAAGCAGAUCAAAACGGUAUUGGAGAUAAUCCAGAAUGUAUUCCUGUGUUUUACACCGAAAUGCUGUGGAUUACAUAUUCACAUUGGCCAGGGAAAUGUCUUUUUCGACGCCGACGCCGCAAAACAACUCGCCGCCCUAUUCUUGUGCGUCGAGAGACUCUUCAAUAGCCUUCAUCCCGGACACCGCCGCCUGGACCCGUUUAACCACCCCAGCAUCCGCAACUGGACCAACGCGGGUGCAGGAAUGACGGCUGAAGAGGCCAACAACCCUCGUCACACUGUUAACACGUGGGAUGAAUGGACGCGCGAGUACGAACCCGAAGUGCCGACCCCCCGCGCCACCCUCCAGCGCGGCGUCGAGGCGCUCUUGGGAACAACGAGCGUGCCCGCCGUGAUCAAGAUGAUGACGGCGCCCGACCGCCCUGCCUAUACCUUUGACAACCUCCUCAAUCACGUCAAGCCAACUAUAGAAUGCCGUCAGGGCGCCGGCACCCUCAACCCCGAGUGGGCACUACACUGGUCGCACAUUCUGGCGGCGGUCGUCGACUUGGGCCGCCGGGCCAACGGUACGUUAUUCUGGCUGCACCUGGUCCCCACGCUGUCGUUGAUUGGAGAGAAUGGUGAAGCCUCCGAAGGUGCCAUGACCAUUGAUGCGUUUGUGCGGAAUGUCCUAAAGCUUCCCGAGACUGCUAAUUAUAUCGCGAGAACGACUCCGCAUGAGCGAUGUUAUCCACCGCUCAAAGGAGAUCAGGUGACAUGGAGACGGAACCCAGAACUCAUCCCUCAGAUAAAGCCAGCCAUGCUGCCGUGA